UGCAUCAGUCUGCAAGAGAGAAAGAGAGCAAAAGCGAAAGAGAAGCCGCCAAGAAGAAGGCGGACAAAAUUGUAUUUGUUUUACAGCUAAUUGAAGUAUAAGCACAGAAACGUCAACACAACCUUGGCUACUGUCCAUUUACACACCACACACACCGAUAAAUCACAAACACACACACAUACAGGCAAGCAAAAAGCCGCUACCAUCUAACAACAAAAAAAGCAGGGAAUAGCCGCCACAGCCACCGCCAAGCAUCAAAAAAUAAAAAAUGGCCGAGCCAAAAACACCAGAGAAACUUUCAGCCAAGCCGCCAGUAUUCCAUCAUCAAAAUAGCCAUAGUCCAAAUGCUUCACUGCAGCUGCCCAGUCCAAUUAUUACGCGGCGCACACGCACGGCCUCGACGUCGGCUCGUGCCUUGGAAAACCCCAUGGUCACUGGUGUGGUGAAAUCCUUUAGCCGCACCAAAGGACAUGGCUUUAUAACCCCCCAGGCCGGGGGCGAGGAUGUUUUCUGUCAUGUUUCCGACAUUGAAGGUGAAUAUGUCCCCAUGCCUGGAGAUGAGGUCAAAUAUCGUUUAUGCGCCAUUCCACCAAAAUAUGAGAAACAUCAGGCCGUUCAUGUGCAGAUAAGCAACUUGACGCCAGAAGUUCAUCAUAAGUGGGAGGAGCCUAUUUUUGGUUCAUCAUCGCCAGCCAAAUAAAGGGGCAAAACAACAAGCAAAUUGAAAAACACAUUAAAAGAGCAACAAAAAAACAAAACAAAAAACAAGCAAAUGGCCUUCCAACUCGAUUUUUUUUCCAAACAUUCAUUCAAUCAAUUUCAAUUGAAAACAGAACACAAAUUCAAUAUAUUAUUGUGUUUUUAGUAGUGUUUAAAACGAAGGCAUGAGAAAGAGCGAAACUUAAAGUUGACUCUUGAAAAAACCAGUUUCCCAUUUUUUAAAUAUUUGUAAUAAGAAUUUAUCUAAAGUCGAGUGAAACUGUAAUUGAAUUUGAAAUUGUUAUGCACAGGGUAGGUGGGGGGAAAGAAGCCUCUGCGUUUUGUAUAUCUAAUUGUGCUUGGAGCCUGUGUCUGUAUUAGUCAGUUGUUGGUCAGCCAGUCAAUCAGUAAUUACUUUUAAUUAUCAAACAAUAUUCUAAAUGUGUUCGCAAAAACAAAACAAAAAACAAAAUUAAGCAGAUUAACAGUAAAUACCCUCAGCCAAUUCACUUUAUUAUUAUUAUAAAUAAAAAAUUAAUACGAAACGCAA